CGAGAGCAGCGCGCACUGCAGGGCCGAGUCCCCGCCCGGAGCCAGCGCCGCGCCCCGCGGCCCCCACGCACGGCGCGGCCCGGCGGGGGCGCAGGAGACCUGCGGCCGGGACAGGGGGCCGGUCCCCGGCACAGGAGGCCGCCGCAACCCUGCGACAUUCGCUCCGCGUGCCAUCCCCCGGCCCGGGCCGCUCGGGACGCCUCUGCACUGUGCGGGUACAAGGCAAUGUUAGAAGUGGUGAUCUCACCCAGCCUCGCAACAAGCAGUGACUGGAGCGAGCACGGUGCUGCCGUGGAGGCGCUGAGUGACAGAGAAGGCAUUGCCAAAUCGGCCGCUCUGAGUGUGCCUCAGCUCUUUGCGAAGUCUCACCCACGUGUCCCUCCUGGUCAGUCCUCGGCAGCCAUGGCAGCCUAUGGCCAGACACAGUACAGCGCAGGCAUCCAGCAGGCACCAACCUAUACAGCGUACCCACCUCCGGCACAAGCCUAUGGAAUCCCCCCGUACAGCAUCAAGACAGAAGACAGUUUGAAUCAUUCCCCCAGCCAGAGCGGAUUCCUGAGCUAUGGACCGAGCUUCAGCACCGCGCCUGCUGGACAGAGCCCGUACACCUACCCUGUGCACAGCACCACUGGGCUCUAUCAAGGCGCCAACGGACUGACCAACUCGGCCGGAUUUGGAAGCGUGCACCAGGAUUAUCCCUCCUACCCCAGCUUCCCACAGAACCAGUAUCCCCAGUAUUUCAGCCCAUCGUACAACCCGCCCUACGUCCCUGCCAGCGGCCUCUGCUCCUCGCCCCUCUCCACGUCCACCUACGUCCUCCAGGAGGCUCCUCACAAUGUCCCCAGCCAGAAUUCUGAGUCACUGGCCGGAGACUACAACACACACAACGGACCCUCCACACCAGCAAAGGAGGGUGACACAGACAGGCCACAUCGGGCCUCGGAUGGGAAGCUACGGGGCCGGUCAAAGAGGAAUAGUGACCCCUCCCCAGCAGGAGACAAUGAAAUCGAGCGCGUGUUCGUCUGGGACCUGGACGAGACAAUCAUUAUUUUCCACUCCCUGCUCACAGGGACGUUUGCAUCCAGAUAUGGGAAGGACACCACCACGUCAGUGCGCAUUGGCCUAAUGAUGGAGGAGAUGAUCUUCAACCUCGCUGACACACACCUGUUCUUCAAUGACCUGGAGGACUGUGACCAAAUCCACGUGGAUGAUGUCUCAUCCGAUGACAAUGGCCAGGAUUUAAGCACAUACAACUUCUCCACUGAUGGUUUCCACAGCACGGCGCCAGGGGCCAGCUUGUGCCUGGGUACAGGUGUUCAUGGCGGUGUGGACUGGAUGAGGAAACUGGCCUUCCGCUACCGCAGGGUGAAGGAGAUGUACAACACCUACCGCAACAACGUGGGUGGCUUGAUAGGCGCUCCCAAAAGAGAGACGUGGCUGCAGCUGCGUGCUGAGCUGGAGGCCCUGACUGACCUCUGGCUCACUCACUCCCUGAAGGCCCUCAACCUCAUCAACUCUCGACCCAACUGUGUCAAUGUGUUGGUCACCACCACACAACUGAUCCCCGCAUUGGCCAAGGUCCUGCUGUAUGGUCUGGGCUCCGUGUUCCCCAUCGAGAACAUCUACAGCGCGACCAAGACAGGCAAGGAGAGCUGCUUCGAGAGAAUCAUGCAAAGGUUUGGCCGCAAAGCUGUCUACAUUGUGAUAGGCGACGGAGUGGAGGAAGAGCAAGGAGCUAAAAAGCACAACAUGCCCUUCUGGAGGAUCUCUUGCCACGCUGACCUGGAGGCCCUGAGGCAUGCCCUGGAACUGGAGUAUCUAUAGCAGGGCAGGUCGCAGCCACCGCCUGCCACUCACCAGCCAGGCCCCUGUCAUCUCACACCGUGAGGGCCCUAUACCUAGGGGACACAUUCCACGGCCAUUCCAGAAGUGUCCUCUUCCCUUGGGGACGGAGAGUCGGACUCUGCUAUGAAACCCAGAGACCCAAAUGAGGGGGCCCCGGCUCGUCUUGUUCUCCUUUUUUAAUUUAUGGACUGCACCCAUUACUCCCAUUACCCACGGGUCCCUGUGCUGUGGUUUCCUGGCGUUGGUCUGAUUUGGGGUCCUGAACUGCCUGUGGGGUAGUAAGUGCCCAGUUUUGUGUUUCAGGGACAAUCAUUCUCUGGGCGUUGGUGAGGGAGGCAGUAUUGGGCAGUGGGAAAGCCUGUUGCUUACCUUAUAUUUUCUCUCCCUGAUGUCAUGUGGACAGUGUGCGUGCCUUAUGCCGCCAUCUUGUGUUGUAGGAGAGGAGGGACUCUGGGAAGAAAAGGGUACUCAGCAAUGAUGGAUAAAGGCAUUAAAUAAAACCACGUUUACAUUUUACGUCUGAAGAGUGUGGUGACCUUUGACCAUUGUUUAGGCUUCCACGUGUUAGCAUUUUCAAGAUGCAAAAAUAAUAAAAUCCAAUUUGAACUUG